UUCGAUGGUAGGAUCGCAAAUUGUAGAAUCUUAACUAUCAGGAUCGUAAAAACGUAGAUUCUAUGAACUAAAAUCGUAGAAUCAGAGGGGUUAGCUUGGAUCGUAAAGUCGGAGAAUCAUACAAUAAAAUCGCGAUUCUGACAACCUUGCGCCCUUGUGUUCAGUAGAGUAGAGGCGAGAAGGAAGAGCAAACUAACCCAAUCGUCUUCCUCGUGUCGUGUGUGUGCGCGCGCGCGUGCUUUUGAUGCUCGGCAAUGGAGAAUUCUCGCUAUCUCCUCCUCCUGCUCAUUGGACUGCUCGUCGCACCCAGCGCGGUAGGAGAGCCAUGUGACUCGUGGCACUGGGCGUACCUAACGAGCGUGUUCUGUAUAUCCAAGGAGUAUGACAGCAUACUUGCUUGCUGUGAAGUGGUGCAGACCAUCGUGAACAUAUCGCUGACAGAGGACCCUUUGUGCAUGUGUAGCCUGACUGCAGAGCCACCUUUUAUCAGCACUGGACUAUUUAUCGAUGAACUCGUCGACAAGUACAUAGCUUGUGGAGGUAACCGUGAUAAAGACACCCAGGCCCUCUCCGACGAAUGCGAAGGGCAACCACUGUCGCUAUCUGAGCUCCAGGAUGGAUCUACCUCUACCAAUCAACACAAAGUGUCGCUCGCACCGGCUCCUCUCCCAUAAGUCAGAAAAUUAAAGGAGAACUGGAACAGUAGUCUAGGGCUUGCCUAUUGCCUGGCGAGCGGCCGCUGGGUCAUGUGACUUGUCCAUCUUCUUGUACCCUGUGUUCACCAAUUUAUCUUCGGGAAAGUCUCACAUCCAAUUGUUCUUUAUUUUACUCUCAACUAGGUCGUACGAAGCACACAAUCUCACAAGCGCCGUUAUAUUUUGGUCUUUGACUGUAUUUACUAUUGCU